AUGUGGAUGGUGUAUUUUACAGGUCUCUAUAGAUUUCCUGACAUGUUGGUUUUGAAAUAUGGUGGUAAUAACAGGAAUUUGCUCAUUGACCCAAACUCUCGUUGCUUUGAUGUAAUUACUUCUUAUUCGAAAACUAUAUGUGCCAAUUUCAUGUGCAAGAAUUUAGAUAAGAAAACCGCUGAUUAUUUGUUCCAUUAUAUUUUUGUUGUGAGAGGUAUUCUUAAACAUUCCCUUGGUCCAGAUUACGAUGGUAUGAAGAGGGAUUUGUUCAACGAGACUGAAGGGGAACCUGCUAAUUAUUUGUUGAACAAUUUUGUAGCUAGAUCCGUUGGUGAUGGUGACUCUGAAGAUGAUUUUGGUCCUGUAAAUAUUCCAAUAAUGUUUUGA